AUGUUAUACGUCCACCACGUCACCAAAUCAGACCUUACAACGUGGAAUGUCCUUUAUAACCCAGAUCAAGUGCAAUUUACUCAGUGGCAGACAACCUUUGACCCUCAUUAAUAAGCUGAUAAGAACCAGUGUAAACCUACCAGUCAAUAAAUUGUGAUUAAUAAUAAAAAUAAUCUUUGAUAAGAAACUCCUCCCAAAUCUAAUUAGAACCUAUAAUACAAAGCAGAGCUGUUCCACCACAGAGAAGAGCACCUCGUCACCUCUCUUCAGCAUGGGCACUGUUCAGCACACGAUUGUUGUUUUAACUAUUGUCUUGGUUUUGAUCUCUGCUGUCCAAGUGAAUUCAUUGCCUGUCCCUGAUGACUGGACUGGUGUGAUUCUGAGAACAAAGCGCUCCUUGUUGUGGCGCUGGAACAGUCUGAAGGCCGUAGGAGCGAGCUGUCGGGACCACUCCGAGUGUGGCACACAGUUCUGCAGGAAGAAUACGUGUUCCUUUUGGAAAACAAAUUGAGAUGGAAAGUGCAAUAUAAAUGAAUCCAUCUGGUCCUUGUCCUUCAGUUUGAAUUAUGGACCAAAGUUACAAGAGCAUAAGUGGAAUGUAGAACCUGGACUUUUUCCACACAAAGCUGGACCUAAACAGCACAGUUGUAAACUCUGGCUUCAUCGUCAACAUUCUGUCUGCUUUAGUGUGGAUGUGAUAUCAUGUGUAUUUUUCUUUAGAAAAUAUAAACAAUUCUUACAACAUCCUCUAUAUUGUUUUGCACUAUUUAUGCAUCAUGUAAACAUGUGAAUACACCAAUGUUAGGAAUGUAUUUGUAAAUAACUGCUCACUUUUUUUGUUUUGUUUUAU